GGCGCGGCGCCGCAGCUGGAUGGCCGGGGCCGCCUGGAGCGCCGCCGCCGCCGCCGCCGCCGCACGCACGUGGCAUGCCUGGAUGUCCCUGCUCUGGCUGUGGCAUGGCGGGCCGAAGGCUCCUCUUCCUCACUGCCCUUGUCCUGGAUCUCCUGGGAGGGGCUGGGGGUGCCCAGCCGGCCCUCCGGAGCCGGGGGGCUGCCGCGGCCUGUCGCCUGGACAACAAGGAGAGCGAGUCCUGGGGGGCCCUGCUGGGCGCAGAGAGACUGGACACCUGGAUCUGCUCGCUCCUGGGCUCCCUCAUGGUGGGGCUCAGUGGGGUAUUCCCGUUGCUUGUCAUUCCCCUGGAGAUGGGGACCAUGCUGCGCUCAGAAGCCGGGGCUCGGCGCCUGAAGCAGCUGCUCAGCUUUGCCUUGGGGGGCCUCUUGGGCAAUGUAUUUCUGCACCUGCUACCUGAAGCUUGGGCCUACACGUGCAGCGCCAGCACUGGUGGCGAGGGGCAGAGCCUGCAGCAGCAACAGCAGCUGGGGCUCUGGGUCAUUGCUGGCUUCCUGACCUUCCUGGCGUUGGAGAAGAUGUUCCUGGACAGCAAGGAGAAGGAGGGGACCAGCCAGGCCCCCAGCAAAGACCCCACUACUGCUGCUGCUGCUGCUGCCGCGCUCAGCGGAGGCCACUGUCUGGCCCAGCCGGCUGCAGAGCCCGGCCUGAGAGCCGUGGUCCGGAGCAUCAAAGUCAGCGGCUAUCUCAACCUGCUAGCCAACACCAUAGACAACUUCACCCACGGGCUGGCUGUGGCCGCCAGCUUCCUCGUGAGCAAGAAGAUCGGGCUCCUGACCACCAUGGCCAUCCUCCUGCACGAGAUUCCCCAUGAGGUGGGCGACUUUGCCAUCCUGCUCCGGGCCGGCUUUGACCGAUGGAGCGCGGCCAAGCUGCAGCUCUCCACGGCGCUGGGGGGCCUGCUGGGCGCCUGCUUCGCCAUCUGUACGCAGUCCCCCAAGGGAGUAGAGGAGACGGUGGCCUGGAUCCUGCCCUUCACCUCCGGGGGCUUCCUCUACAUCGCGCUGGUGAACGUGCUGCCCGACCUCCUGGAGGAAGACGACCCGUGGCACUCCCUGCAGCAAGUGCUCCUGCUCUGCACGGGCAUCGUGGUGAUGGUGCUGUUCUCGCUCUUCGUGGAGUAGCCUCCCGGUGCCCCGCCCCGCCCCGCCCAGCAAUAAGAGACUUGGAUUCACUUUGACAGUGUGUGUGAGCGCAGAGCCAGCCAGCCUCCGACCAGAGCAGCGGGAGGCAGGCGUGUGGCAUCUGUGUGUGCCGGAGGGGUGUGUGUGUGUGUGUGUGUGUGUGUGAGACCGACACUGUGACCCCUGUGCCCUGCGCCCAGGGCAGUGCCUGCCUCCAGCCCCCCGGGGUCUUCUCUCGUGACCCUGUCAGCCGGUGCCUCCUGCGGUGAGCGGGGAAGAACAGCAUUGGGUGUGAGCAGAGGCCUCGCCUUGCCAGGAGCCCAAAAGGAGGGCGAGCAGCCGAGUUGCUCAGGGCGCAGGGGACCCAAGGCUGUCCUGCCUCCUGCUGGGACCUCAGGCCCCUAGGCCUGGGCAGCUCCUCUCUGCUGUGUCUGUUCCUGGCUCCCCCCCCCCCACCUCUACAGCCAAAGAAAGCAGAGGCAGGGGCUGCUGGCACCGCGCUGGGCCCAGCCCUGCCCGCGCUGAGUGGGCUGCCCACCCUGGCCGGCUCCUGUUCCCCAGUGAGCACUUCCUAGCAGUGCCAGCAGCUCCUGCCACCGCCAGCUGCCAGACAGCAGCCUGCAGGGCAGCGAGCAGCCCCAGGCCAGAGAGGCCUCCCAAUCCAGCUCAGGGACGCCCCUGCCAGCCCCGGGGCCCGGCAGACACUCUCGGAGCAGGAAGGGCACGAACCGUGGCCGCCCUGCCCUGCUCGGGCCCCUUGUCCUCGCCCGCUGGGAUUAGGGGCACGGUGGGGGUGGCGAGGGCUCCGUGCUGUCAGCGCUCAGGAAUGUGCUCUGGGAGAAUGCUGAAGCCAUAAUCCCCAGCUAUUUCCCUUGGCUGACGCCCAGGUACUCAGCUGGCCGAUUCCACAGCCAGGCUCUGGCCCCGCACUGGACUGUGGGUUCUUGGAGAAGUGAGAGGGUCUGAAUGGUUCCACAGCAGUUCCGCAGUGGCUCCGUCUUUCUGUAAAUACGUGUUCUACGGAUGAGAUACAAAUAAAUACUGUCUACGCGCUCGCU